UACAGGACGUUCAGUGGGCCUUGUGCCGCGUUUGUGUUGUAGUUGAAAAGUUGCUCUGACAUCGUUGCUUCGUGCUGGUGACUGCACAGACAGAUAACAAUCUGUGAGUCGCAGCUUGCUCGAAAACUUUUGAAUAACUUCAGAUAAACUAUAUAACGAGUACAUCAUAUUAUUGAGACGUGUUUAUAUAUCACUCUUUACACACAUAUAUUCGUACGCUUUGCGUAUUCACUAGUACGUAUUUCAUUUAGGGCAGAGAAUCUCAGUACACUUCUUUCCCGUCAGCAGGGUACAUAUUUUCACAUUCCUCAUACUUUAGUGUGAGCAGUGAACGUAGAGGUAAUACAUUUUUGGUAAAGGUAUGGGAAACAUCAAAGGAAGUAAAGCUAGAGGAGGAGCAUCCUGGAGAUAAUUUCGAUAAGCGAAACCCAUCAGGCAAAUCGGAAGUUGACGGAGACGAAUGUUGUGAACAUGAGUACUGUAUGUGCCAGGGACGUAAAUGACGGUGUGGAAACAUCGGUCGGCGUCAGUGAAGAAACCACUGUCAGAAUAGCGAAUAUGAACCAUGUAGAAAUAGGCAAGGAUGGCGUUACUGCAGGAGGGGAAAAACACAUACAUCAGACUGGAGUAAGGGAUGCAAAGGGAGAUACUGGGGAGAACCAUUCUAGUAGUUGCGUGGGUGAUUAUUGUGAUCAGAUGUCGGUCAUAUCACCAGCUGCAAAAGUGAAAGGUGUUAAAGAGAACACCAGUAACAGCGAUAACAGGAACAGGACUACCAGUGAAACUUGGACCACCGAAAAUACAGAAGAUGACUGCAUUGUCGAUUUCCUUGAUAAGAGCAAUGAAAAGGCAGAGGCUCGGCUAGCAGCCAGAAGGCAAGCAAGAGCUGAGGCUAGGGAAAUCCGCAUGCGAGAACUAGAGAGGCAACAGAAAGAAAUUGAAGAGAAUGUUGACAGCGUGUAUGAUAUGUACAGAGAUCCAACAUGUCGCUCUGCAAGAGUUGCUGCCACUGUCAGCAGCACAAGGAACACAUCGCUGGGUGGAACCAAUAGCUAUCAGUCAAGUCGUCGCAGUUCAGAGGAUUCACUUGAGGAGGGCAUUAGUCUCAGAGAUGUGCGGCAAGAGCUGAAGGAGGUGGAAGAGAAAUUCCGAAAGGCGAUGAUACAGACUGCUCAACUUGACAACGAGAAGUCAUCACUCACUUACCAGGUGGAGCUCCUGAAAGAUCGGCUGGAGGAUUUGGAGGAAGCCCAUUCACAACUACAACGAGAGCACAGAGAGAAAUGUAGGGAGCAUGACCAACUGAAGCGGGCAACAGUGAAGCUGAAAGAGGAUCUUGAGAUGUACAAAGCUCAGCUGGAAGAGAGAGAUCGUCUCAUUCAGGAGCAAGGCCUGAUGAUAGUAGGAGAUGAUCAAGUGUCCAGUGAAGAGGAGGGCAACAGUGUAGAGGAUAGUAGUAGUAACAUACCAAAACGGACGCCAAGGAGAGCUCUUGUCUCAGUUGAGUCUGCAGAACUUCUACAAACUGCUGGAGGAGGCUCAUUAGAUGUUAGACUGCGGAAGUUUGCUGAAGAAAAAAGUGAGCUUUUAGACCAAGUACGGCACCUAAAAUUAGAACUGGAGGAAGAGAGAAGCAGACACAAGUCAGACAGACAACGAGGGUCUAGCAGUGUUAGUCUCAAUGGGCCAGACACAGAGCUGGUGGAUAUUCAGAGAGAAGCAAACAAGCAGCUAGGGGACUAUAAGUUCAAACUUCAGAAAGCAGAGCAAGAUGUGUCAACAUUGCAGGCCAAUGUAGCACGCUUAGAAAGUCAAGUUAUAAGAUAUAAAUCUGCGUCAGAGACAGCAGAGAAGGUUGAAGAUGAACUUAAAGUGGAGAAGAGAAAAUUACAAAGAGAGCUGCGUGAAUCGCAGGCACGAGUGGAAGAGCUAGAGACUUCCAAUACCCACCUUCAGCGGAGGCUUGACAAGCUGAAGAAUGCCAAAUCUGCACUUCUUAAAGAACUUUGAUAUAUAUUGAUAUCCAGCCUUUGUCAUAUAUGCCUGGAUAAAGCAGCAGUAUACAACCAACCUUGGUUAAGGGAAUUGAUUUUGUUGCAAUAUCAAUCUGAUGAUGAAGCAAGGAACCACCAAUUAAGGCUUAUUUAAUGAGGCAGAGGAUUAUAUUCCAGUGUUCAGUCUGAUGUUAGAUUCAGAAAAGAGAAACAGCUGACUUCUCCCAAAGUUUUCUUGUUAAAUGAACAUGAGGUCACUUCAGACACUCUAUAUAGAGAGUUAAAUUUUGGCCAAAAUGCAUGUGAACAAACUAGAAACUUGUGAACCUUUCUGUACACUGAGAUGUGAUUAGAUAACAGCUAGUCAUUCUGCUGUAGAUUGUGUGAAAUUAAUUUUAAUAUAAAUUGGCAUGUGAUGUAUAUAAGAAGAAAAGACAAAUUUUAUGAUUCAGGGACCAGUAAAACAGUAGUUGGUUUCAAAGGAUGUAUCUGUCUCACAUUGUACAGUGCAAAUAAUAAUCUACAAAUUUAAUUAUUUCUGGCACAUCUCAACAUAUUUCUUUACCAAAUAAAAAUUAACUACUUCAUAUGGUAUUAAAAUUAUGCAAGAAGGCAUGUGAUAUAGUUUUCCAUAAAAAUCUUCCAUAUUUUUUGGUCAGUAUAUAAUGGAAAGAAAAGUAAGUAUAACUGACUUAACCCUGUGAGAUUUCUGAGCAAAAAUCAGUAAUAUUCCAACAUGAAAUAUUAGAUGCUAGAAGGAAAAAUGUGUAAAGUUGCUAAUUUUAAAAUAAUUUUCCAAGCUGUGGCUGCAAGGUAAAAUCUUCAGACAGGUAUAAAUUAUGAAUGGCUGAUGCCUUGAGACCUACUUGUUAAGAAACUGUGACUAUAAGUGAUAACAUAUCAGAUAUGUUAAAAAUAUUUUGAAAUAUAACCUUCCGAAACCCAGUCUGUCUACUGUUUGAUAUAGCCUUCCUUUAUAAGUAUAUGAAACAUGAAUAAAUAUAUACGCUAUGCUCACAGUUACUAAGGAUAGAUGUAUGUAGUAUUUUGCUUCUGAAUCAAAUGUGAGGGUCUUCAGCAAACAUAUAGAGUAACAUAUACUCUGGCCCUGCUGUAAGACAGAAACUGGUACAAAAUUACCACUAACCUUAUUAUUUCAGUGUUGCACUUCACAUCUGAGUUCUGCUGUGUUUAUGAUAGUACAUUUUGCUCCAUAUACACUAAGGAGAAUUGGUGAAAGAGAUGUAAAUAUUUCUUUCCAUACCCAACACUCAUUUCAUAUUGAGGAUAUUUAUCUGAAUGGUUUUAAGGGCCAGUUUUAAAUAUCCCCAAUUCCUGACUUCAUAAAUGCCACUUGUACAGGCCACUUUUAAGCUAACCUUUGUACUUGCAGCAAGAAUAGUGUGUUUGCCCAAAAUAUAAAUGCCAAAAAUAUCACAAAGCCUCAUGUUUCAACGUGAAACACUGGAAAUUUUAUGUUUACCUUUACAAAAAUGGAAACCUGAAGGCACUGUAAAACAAAAAAAGAAGAAUAAAAGUUUGUGCACGAAAUGUUCUCUUUAAACUCUAUAUCUUGCACUUUUUCAUGCUUUUGGUAUGGUACAUAGGUACUGGCAGUAGAACAGAAAGCGGAUGGGUUUAAGCCAGCUGUGUAUAUGUACACGUGUGUUCUUUCUGUUCCCAUAAAUGGGCAGGAAGAACUACUCUCUCUUAGUGUGUGUGUUCGUAAGCAGUCAGCAGUUGAGAAGAAAGAAAUAAAAGAGUCAGUAUGUUCAUCUGAAAUGUGAAUUAUGCAGAAAUUUUUACCAUAAAAUGUUGAAAAAUAAUAUAUCUGAAAAUGUUGCAGUAUCGAGUUGGAAGACUAAAGUAAUAAAAUGGCCAGUAUAAAUCUCAGGAUUCCUUCAGCUGUUGUGAGUAGUUCUGAAUUAUUCCACACGUUCAUACUACGUGCAUGUGGAAAUCAUCUCAUAACGUUAAAUGUUAUAAUUGAUGUGUCCAGAAAUGUAUCACAUAAAAUAGUGCAGUAUUUUGAAAUAUGGUCUGUAAUAUGUCCAAAAAUAUGUUACAUCAAAUAUAUUUUUGAAAACUUGGCAGAACUGAAAUACCAUUAUCUCUUACAAAUGGUGCUUGAAUUCAAUAUUUCCAUUCUAAAUUAAAUAAAAUUAUAAUUAUCUUAGUGGCUACAAAUAUAUGUAGUUACUUUGUUUGAAAUAAUGUUUUCUGUUUUGAAAAAAGGAAAGGGAAUCCACUAGCAAAAGAAGAUUGAACAUUACUGCUUUGAAAGAGUGCAUGUUGUGUGACAGAAAAAUUUGAAGACUUAGUCUUCAGUGCACUGCUGGUGCUCAGGGAAAUUGCAUAUAGUCAGGAGUUCCACUCUGACAAAGGUCUGUAUAUUUGAGGAGUAAUGUGAUAAUUAUUAAAUGAAUGGAUUUUGAUUUCUUUUUGUUGUGUGAACAGGAAGAGUUCUGAACAAUCUCUAACCCAUAUAGACACUCAAGAAGAUGAAAAUUUUAAUUACAUUUUACAGUUUAGGCAUCAUUGCAUUCUACAUUUCUGUAAUAUUUUUCUCUUUGGAAUAAUGAUGAAGCAUCCAUAUUUUGAUAUCAUUUGAGACUAAGGGCAGGCCAGUGAAAGAUGACAAAAAGAGUCCAAUUUAUUUAGUUGUGUUUCUCCUGAAAUAAAAAGUUCAGCAAUACCAAAAUAUGUGAAAUGUGCCAUCUAGUGGCUUCUUUGAUUUGCUUUCAUGACACAGUGCAGUAGACCAACACUUUUUUUUCUUUUUGCAUGCAUUGCCAUAUUUAAUUUGCUAAGAAGAUGUUUAAUAGUGAGUUGGUUUCAUGUGUAAAAAUGUGAUAAUGUUGAGGUAAUAUGAUGACAGAAUCCAUCAAUGUAAAAGCCUAAGCCUUGCAGUUCUGCCAUUAUGUAGAGCUACUGUUGAUCAGAAUGAGGGGUACCAAUGCUUCAUUUAGGUAUUGCAAUUGUGAUUUAUUGUAUAGGAAUGGACUGGGGGGGGGAUAAUAUGUGGAAACUUCAGACAGAGAUGGAAAUUGUCUGUUUCAAUGGUUCUGUCCAUUUGUUGCAUUUGAGAUCAUUCAGAAUGAUGAGCGUUUGCAUGUUACUGCAAGGGAAAAUUACGAGGUGUGCAUGGGAAAAAAAUUAGUAUAUGCGAGUACUGUCAAAAUAAUAGCUAAUAGUGAAAUUUAUAACAUGUCUGUCUCUUUAGUUUGUUUCUGAGGGCCAAGUUAAUUAGCCACUGACUGUUAUAGUUGACUGAAAUAACUGUCUCUCUGUUGUUCAAUGGUGAACUAGACAGUGAUCAUUAUGCAUUUUCAUAGCCAAUUGAAGAAAAAGAGAGGUUAGAUAUUUUAAAUGAGGUUUGUUUUUGUGGGCAGCCCCUGCAGAAAAUAACAAAUCUUAAUAGCAGUGCUUAGAGCAUUGAGCUAUCAGCAAAAUUGUAAUUUGCCUUUGUUAAAAUGAUCAACAUAACUAUUCUCAUAUUCUAAUAUUUAUUAAAAAUCCACUACAUGUUUUGACCUAUAUUGGUCAUCUUCAGGUGGUACAAUAUCUGAAACAUUAACUAGUGAAAUGUAAUUCUCUCUUACUGUCUUAUUAAAAACAUGGAUCCAUGUUUUCAGAAAGACAGAAAAAGGGAAUAUCAGUUCACUAGUUAAUAUUUCAGAUACUGUUCCAUCCCAAGAUGACCACUAUAGGUCAAAACAUGUGGACUCCUAAUAAAUGAGACUCUGAUAAAAGUAAUGUUGAAGGUUUUUGAAAAAAUGUAAGAUACAGUUUUACUGAUGGCUGAAUAUAAAAAAUUGGAAAUGCUUGAGAGCAUACUGUUAUUCUCUCAAGUUGACUAUCUUGGUAUACAUCUAGCUGUAUUUUAAGAAAUUUUCAAUCUAUUGUGGUUUGGCAUGUUUGACACUGUUUGUUUUAAUGAUUUUCCAUUUAAAUUUCAGUGUGCUGUAUGCUAGUUUUAAAUAAAUGUAUAAAUUUAUCAACCAUGAAAUAAGCUCUUUUUCUUCUUUUAUAUUUUGUGGCUUUAGAGUUCUUUGUUUCCAAUACAUUAAUUCGAAACCAUAUUUACAAACAUCAGCUCUGGUUUAGAAGCCAAGUGCUGCUCGUUUGAUUUAUCAGUAUCUUAUGCAAAUAUCACUGGUCCAGGAUAACUCCACAAUUGUAAACAUGAUGCUCAGUUAAUUAUGAACUGACCUCAUGAUAUAUUUGUGCAACAGGUAUGUGAGCUUAAAUUUGGUUUUUGUGUUCCACAUGACUAAGUUACUGAAAGUUAUAAUGGGCAUAAUGGUAAUUCCUGAUUUACACUGAUAACAUGCAUAUUUGCUUGACACUUUUUAGGAUAAUUUUUUGCUUUGUACUGUCCAAAUAUUGUUUCUGAUAGUGCAUCUUUUUUGUAUUUAUGUUUGCAUUUUUGAAUUGCUCUGUCAUUUUGGGUGUAAUAUUAUAAACACAAUUUUUAACACAUUGACUGUGCUGAGAAACCUGAAAUAUUUCAUGUCUGAUUUUUCAGCACACUGUGCACUGAACCACAGGUUUCAUCCAGAUUCCUCAUAUUGUGGGGGAGGCAUUGUAAUGUGAAUCUGCAUAAUAUGAACCCAGGUUUACAUCGUACACCACAGUAAAACUGCUGACUUCUCCGAAUUCUCUCAACUUGAUUAUACAAAGUCAGAAAUUACCAAAUUUCUGGUAGUAAAAUAAUCUAUUAUUGAAUAUCUUUUAGGCAUGCCAGUUGUAUAUCAAAUACCAUAUCUUGCGUGGACAGAAAGAAAUUGAUGUGUUUACAAGUAGACAUAGUUUUUAAGCAUUUUAAAGUUUUCCGUACAAAUUAAAUCUACUAAAAUAUUCAACAACAAUAAUACCAAACCUCACUGCCAGACACUGUCCUGUAUCAGUUCCAUCCAUGUCCUCUCCUCACACCCUAGUUCCCUAAGCUCCAUUUAUCCUCCCAUGACCUCCUCAGCCUUCCAAGACAUUUUACCUGCAAAAUACUGUGCAAAUUUGUUGUAACCCUUUAUAGGUUUAUGCCCAUCCCAAAAUAAUCACUUUGAUUUCUCUACCCUACCAGCACUAUGUAAUAUUUUUGUUUUGUAAUAUCCUAAAUUGCACACAUCUUGAUAUUAUGGCAUUCUGGGUCGAUGUUAUGUAGUCUAGACGUAGACUUUUAACCUGAAGAUGGAUGUAGUAUGUUCUCCGAAACGUUGGUACCCACUUACCAGACUGUAUGAUGUCAUAACUCAAAAACCAAAUGUGACUUCACUGCUGUGACAAUCUUAAAUCUUACAUAUGUAGACACAGUUCAUCCUUCUUAUAUCAAAAUAAUUUCCUGGACACUUCAUUUUCAUUUCAUCAAUGCCUCAAAGCAAAAUACUUUUUUAAUAAACCAUACCAAAUUAUUAUUUUAUAAUGUUAUAUCUUAAUCUAUAAGGUUUUGGAAAGUAGAAAGGAUGAUAUGUCAUGAACUGAAUCACUUUCUGAAUUUAUUUUUCUGAUACUUUCAUCAUCAGCCACAUUCCUAUUUCUUGUUGUUAGAGGAAGUUAGAAGAGGAAGCAAACACUGAACUUACCCUUUAAGAUACUUUGUUGUGUCCAUUUUAUGAUGCAAUGUGCAUAUGCAUUUAAAGUGAGACAUUGGAUUAUUUGUCUUUGUAAUUAUUCAAGCAUCCUUUCCUCUUUAUGAAUCUGAGUAACUGAGGGUGUACUGUGCUUUAUUCUUGGAACUAAACUAUGUUGUCCUAGUAUUAUUUUAUCUGAACACGGGAAGAAAUUCUUUUGAUGCAUUUAUGAGUGGUUGGUUUCUCAUGAGCUAUACUAUAUUGUAGAACUUUGAAAUUUCUUUAUUCCAGCAUUAAUGUACCAUCAUUCAUGGAAAGGAGAAAAUGGAGUAAUGACAUUUACUUCUAGCAGAUCUGUGUGAAACCAUUUGAAUGCUUUACUCUUUUCCGAGCAUAGGUAUUUGGAUAAGUGGAAGUAUGCCGCUGAUACUUUUAUCAUAUUGAGAUUCUCUGACAUUGACAAUAACUUGAAAUUUUUAUACUUAAUCAUUUUAGUGACUGUCAGUUCAGAUUUAACUUAAUUUUUUAAAGUAAUAUUUGUUUACAUGUCUUGGUUGUACAGUUUUCUUCACAACUCUAUUCUGACACUGAUCGUCAUACACCUCUGUGGUUUGGUGAUUUGUUUGUUUUGGGUGCAUUUAAUAAGGCUGUGUGAACUGCAUGGAACUUAGCAGGAUGGCUCAAGAAUUAAUGCUUCUGACUUAUAUUUGGAAGGUGGAUGGUUUGAAUCUUGGUUUGUACAGUGGCUAUCCUGACAGAUUUUUCAUAGUUUUCCCUAGUCCCUCCAGGAAAUUACAAGGAUACUACCCCAGAUUAGGUCAGAAACGUCUUCCUUCCAUGUCUUUUCUAAUUCAUUACUUAUGAAAUCAUCCUGUCAUUCAGUGCUGUGUACUGAGUUGACUGACAUCAUUUUUAAAUAAAUAAAUAAAUAAAUAUGUAGUUACUAUAGGAUUCUGACGAUGGUGUGUAGUUUUUCAUAGUUUUCCCUAGUCCCUCCAGGAAAUUACAAGGAUACUACCCCAGAUUAGGUCAGAAACGUCUUCCUUCCAUGUCUUUUCUAAUUCAUUACUUAUGAAAUCAUCCUGUCAUUCAGUGCUGUGUACUGAGUUGACUGACAUCAUUUUUAAAUAAAUAAAUAAAUAAAUAUGUAGUUACUAUAGGAUUCUGACGAUGGUGUGUAGUUUUUCAUAGUUUUCCCUAGUCCCUCCAGGAAAUUACAAGGAUACUACCCCAG